AUGGCGGUGGGUGCCAGGCUCCGGUGGGGGCGCCGGGGGCGCGGGCGGCGGGCGGCGGACGAGGAGCCCAUCGUGGAGCAGCUGGAGCUGGACGACGGGGCGGCCGAGAGCCCCGCGCGCCCGGGGCCCCGCAGCGCCCGGCGGGUGCACCUGGCCGCCCUCCCCGAGCGCUACGAGCCGCUGGAGGAGCCGGGGUCCCCGGGGUCCCCGGGGCCGGGGGACAAGCCCAAGAGGAGGUACCGGCGGAAGCUGAAGAAGUACGGCAAGAACGUGGGGAAGGUCCUCGCCAAAGGCUGCCACUACGUGGUCCUCGGCCUGCAGGGCUUCGCCGCCGCCUACUCCGCCCCGUUCGCCGUGGCCACCAGCGUGGUGUCCUUCGUCCGCUAG